UUCAAGGUCCAGCAGACCGACCCGGUCCUUCUGGAGCCCCACGAGGAGCUGGCGAUAUGCAAGUACUACGAAAAGCGGUUGCUGGAUUUCUGCGCCGUCUUCAAGCCCGCCGUGCCGAGAUCCGUGGUGGGAACAGCUUGCGUGUACUUCAAACGCUUUUAUCUCAAUAACUCAGUGAUGGAGUAUCAUCCUCGGAUAAUAAUGCUAACAUGUGCAUUCUUGGCCUGUAAAGUAGAUGAAUUUAAUGUGUCCAGUGCACAGUUUGUUGGUAACCUUCGAGAAAGCCCUCUCGGACAGGAAAAAGCUCUUGAACAAAUACUGGAAUAUGAACUACUGCUUAUUCAGCAACUGAACUUCCAUCUUAUCGUCCACAAUCCAUACAGGCCAUUUGAGGGAUUUCUAAUCGAUUUGAAGACUCGCUACCCAAUGCUGGAGAAUCCUGAAGUUUUGAGGAAAACAGCUGAUGACUUCCUCAAUCGAGUGGCUCUGACAGAUGCGUAUCUGCUCUUUGCUCCCUCACAGAUAGCUCUCACUGCCAUAUUAUCUAGUGGUUCAAGAGCAGGAAUUAAUAUGGAAAGUUAUUUAUCAGAAAGUCUUAUGCUGAAAGAAAACAGAAUAUCCUUGGCCAAGCUACUAGAUGGCAUGAAAU